AUGACUGCAGUCUUCCGUCCCAACGCCACGGCCUUGAUCACGGGCGGAGGCAGUGGGAUAGGAUUCGCCAUAGCCCAACUCUGUCGCUCGCACGGCAUGAAUCUCGUCCUGGUAGAUAUCCAUGCUGACAACCUAGCCCACGCCCAUACGAUGUUGGGCAACACGGCAACUGCAACGACGCUCACUCAUGUAAUGGACGUUGGGGAUUUGGCUUCUUGGGAGUACCUCCGCUCGAAAGUCGGACAGACAUUUCCCGAUGGAGUGGAUUUGCUGAUGCUCAAUGCGGGCGCGUCCGUGAAGCCGAAGGACCCUGAGAAGCCGUGGGAGGAUCCGGAGUAUUUCCAGAAGACACUUACAACCAAUGUCAUGGGCGUUGUCAACGGCUUGGCUACAUUUCUCCCAAUUGUCAGCGCUUCAUCCGAGGAGCCGCGAGCCAUCAUAAUCACCGGCUCAAAACAAGGCAUCACCAAUCCACCCGGUGCCCACAAUCCAGCGUACAAUGCCAGUAAGUCGACCGUGAAAACCAUCGCAGAGCACCUUUGCCACGAUCUCCUCCCGAACAAGAACAUCUCGACACACCUUCUCAUUCCCGGGUGGACGUAUACUUCCAUGACCGGAAACACUGGUGUUGUGCCAGACGGUAAAAAGCCAAAGGGUGCUUGGUUACCUGAGCAGUUGGCGGAGUACAUGUAUGAGAAGAUGCGCAAGAAAGACUUUUAUAUUAUUUGUCCCGAUGAUGAUGUGACUGAAGAGCUUGACCAGGCGAGAAUGGCAUGGGCGAUGGGGGAUGUCAUGGAGCGUCGUCCACCGUUAUCUAGGUGGAAUGAUAUGUGGAAGGACGUUGCUGCGGAGUGGAUUGAGAAAGAGUUGGAAAAGAGGAGAAAGUUAAAAUCUGGUUGA